AACUCUUCAAGGUAUUUACUGUAGCUAUGACGACACCGUCGCCAUAUUGUUUACAAUGGCCGCCAGGAAAACACCGUAGAUCUUACACAUAGGGCCUAUUAAAAAACUGAAGUUGUUAAAAAAAUGGCGACCCAAACUCAAACAGUGAAGCGGUCUGGCUUUCAACCCGCCAGGACGCACGAUUAUCUUUAUGACCCGCAUUAUGUGUCUGCAAGUGAAAGAGAUCAUGCCAGGGCUACAUUCAAAGCUCAUACAAGCAUUGAUCGUGUUAAACGGGUGCCAUUGUAUGAUACUAUGUUUAGUGAACUACGCCAUCAUCCCCGUUUUCAAAUGCGAUUAGAUGUCACAGAUCCUGUACCAAAAUUUAUAUCAAGACAAUGGAGAGGUUAUGCUGACCAGGCCCGGGAGCAAUUGAUACGAUACACAACUUUUAAUUAUGAUCCAAGCGUAAAAGUGCCACCUAAGCAAUAUUCAGAUGCAGAAGUAGGAGGACGGAACCGAUAUAAGUUUUUCAGAAGGCCAAUAAUUCCAUUUUUACAACAAAUUCCACCAGAGGUUAUGCUUGCCACUGCCAGGCAAGAUCCACUGGCAGGGCCUGAACAGUUGCAGUUGGAACGUCCUCCAACCCCUCUGACAAAAACAGUAGAAAUUCAAACAGACUACAGGGACUCUGAGGCCCAAACAGAUCCAUACACCCCUGAAUAUGUUGUACGCCCUGGAUCCGCUCCUGAGUUGCUCACUUUGGCCACUCUGUCACAUGGCCAUGGACUUCCAGCUGGUUUGGCUGAGGUUGAGAUGAUUGAGCGUGCUCGUGCCAAACGUGCAUGGGAGGCAACUCUUCCUCCUCUGAAUGAUGUUUCUCAACUGGAAAAAAGACGAAAAAUGAUGGAUGAGAUGGAGAGGAAAGAAUGGGCACUCAGAGAGCAUGAAAUUGAAAAGUUACAGGAGGCUAGACUUGAAGUACUAAAACAGCUUCUGAAAAAGAGAGAGGAGAAUCAUGCAGAGCUAAAUAUCAAGAGACUGGAUAAACUAUGGACUAAAAAACAGAAAGAAAAGGAUGCUAAAGUGAAGAAAAUAAGGAAUGAACACAUAAAGACAAUCAGGAAGUUGACAAGAAAAAGGGGAAAGGUGGAAGGAAAAAUGGAAAGAAGGGAGAUUAUUCAAGAGUUUGCAAAUUUUGGAUCUCAAACCUAUGCUCCUCUUACACGGAUAGGAAUGUUUUUAGACCGAGGGUCUGAACAAUAUGUGGUGAAAAGCCGCCAUCUUAGCACCUAUCAAGGUCUGCUAGAGCUGGAAGCCUCACUUCCAGAUUUUGUAGUAAAUCCACGUGUCAAGGCACCAAAACCUAAAACAGUAACAAAGACUGGAUAUCUAAAGAGGAAAUACAGACAGGAACAAGAACUCAAAGACAUGCAUAUGUCCAUUGUGGAGGAAAAAGAGAAAGGAGAGGAGGAGCCUAAACCAUUGAGGUUCCUUCAAAAGAUUGAAAAACCUAUUCCUAGACCACCUACUCCUACAGUGGAUGUUCCCUCAGAGGGGAUGAAGACACCAGGAGAUAAGAUAGAGGAAGAAGAAAAAGAACUUGCUGUGAUAUUCUUACAGCAAGUCAUCAGGGGAAGAGCUAUUCAAAAUAUGAUUUUCGAGGGAAAAGAGAAAAGACAAGAACUUAUCAAGGAAUUAAGAAGCACUCAUGCUCUGCAAGAUGCUGAGCAACAAAUUAAGCAACAGGAGAAGCAAGCAACACUGGCACUGCAACGUCAGCGCAGACUACAUGAACACAAGGAAUUACUGGUUGAUGAAGCAAUGAGCCAGUUAGAGGGUUCCUCCCUUGGAGACACCCUGGACUUCCUCAGUAAGGAACUGGUCCGUCUACAGGAGGAGAGGAGGAUCCAUGCCUUCUCCAUGCUGGCUGAAAGACAGAGGAGAAUCAGGGAGGCUGAGGAGAGUGGAAGGAGGCAGGUGGAGGAGAGACGUCGCCGUGAGGAGGAUGAAGUUUUCAAACAGGUUGUCAAAGUUCACCAGAGAUCAGUAGAUACUUACUUGGAAGACAUUAUUCUGGGAUCAAUUGACAAAACAGCCGAUGAGCAGGCUCGCGCUGAGGUCAUGGAACAGGCCGAGAAGAUCAAUGAUCUGGCCUAUGAAAUAGAGGACAGUCGAACUCAGCUCCAGUCAGAAGAAAUAGUUGCUGAUCUUGUUCACUGUUUCUUAUUACCUGAAGUUCAAAAAACGACCAUGAGAGAGAAAGUUAGAAGAGAUCAGAGGAAAUACCUCCUAGCGGCUCACAAGGAGAUUCACAAAGAGGGAGAAGACAUCCUCUCCAUGCACGCUAAACCUGCCAAAGCUGAGACUGGCCAAGAAGAAGGAUCUUCAUGAACCACCUAAGCUACUAAGGCUGCCUUUCUUUAUCAAUAAACUGUCAGGUGAACAUCACAUUCGAGUGCUCAAAGUUCAGUAAUAUAUGGCUACAAAACAGAAUUCUUCUGCGUGACUGAAACUUGCGACACAUCCUGGGGGAAAUUUUCAAUUAUUUUAUGUCCAUUCACUUGUUUUUCUUAAAUCUAAAAUAUUUAAAACUAGAAGUGUUUUAUUUAUCUUUUUUUUUUUUGGCACUUUGGUAGAAAGAUAAUUUAACUGAAUGCUAGACUACCAUCAAUCACUUGUGCAAAUCAUGUUGAAGAGAAGAGACUUUUUUAAAUAAGCUACUCUGUGAUAGAUCUUUAUAUUGCACAGUUGAUGUGUGCAAGUGUAAUAUUUGUAUUGUUAACUGUAAAAAUUGAACAUAUGGAAUGAUAUUGUAUGAAUUUGUUUAUCCUAUGUUUUC